AUGGCCUCCUACCUGUGUUCAGCCUCCUCUCCUGGGGUCCUGCUUGAGCUUCUGCAGCAGUGGAGGCCGGGCCUGCCCCAGAAGGCCCAGCAGCAGCAGGUGAAGCAGCCCUGUCAGCCACCCCCUGUCAGAUGUCAAGAAACAUGUGCACCACAAACCAACAAUCCAUGUGCUCCACAGCCCAAGAAACAAUGCCCACCCAAGGGCACAGUGAUCCCCACCCAGCACAAGUGUCCCAUGUCCCAGCAAGCCCCCAAGAAUAAACAGAAGUAA